AUGGUGGAGCCAGGGCAAGAUUUAUUGCUUGCUGCUUUGAGUGAGAGUGGCAUCAGUCCAAAUGACCUCUUUGAUAUUGAUGGUGGUGACACGGGACUUGCAACUCCAGCGCCUACCCCUCCAGUUCAGCAGUCAAUGCCACUUGGUGCAUUAGAACUGGGUUUGGAGACUGAAACAACACUUCCUGUGAAACAAGAGCCCGAGACGGUACCUACGCCGGCACUGUUAAACGUCAGGCAGCAACCUCCAUCUACUACAACAUUUGUGCUGAAUCAAAUAAAUCAGCUUCCGACCUUGGGAUCUACAAUUGUAAUGACUAAAACACCACCUGUAACAACUAAUAGGCAAACCAUCACUUUGACCAAGUUUAUCCAGACCACUGCAAAUACACGUCCUUCAGUCUCUGCACCAGCAGUACGAAGUGCCAUGCCCUCUGCACCUUCGAAAGAGCAAGUUCAGCUGAAGGAUCUUCUGAAGAAUAAUAGUCUGAAUGAACUCAUGAAACUGAGGCCACCUGCAAAUAUUGCCCAGCCAGUGGCCACAGCUGCAACUGAUGUAAGCAAUGGUACAGUGAAGAAAGAUUCUUCUAAUAAAGAAGUAGCAAGAAUAUGGAUAAACGACAUGAAAAUGAGUUUUUCUCCAACCAUGAAGGUCCCUGUUGUGAAAGAGGAAGACGAACCGGAGGAAGAAGAUGAAGAAGAAAUGGGUCACGCAGAAACCUAUGCAGAGUAUAUGCCAAUAAAAUUAAAAAUUGGCCUACGUCACCCAGAUGCUGUGGUGGAAACUAGCUCUUUAUCCAGUGUUACUCCUCCCGAUGUUUGGUAUAGAACAUCCAUUUCUGAAGAAACUAUUGAUCAUGGCUGGUUAUCUGCAUUACAACUUGAGGCAAUUACCUAUGCUGCCCAGCAACAUGAAACAUUCCUACCGAAUGGUGAUCGAGCUGGCUUCUUAAUAGGUGAUGGAGCAGGUGUAGGCAAAGGGAGGACAAUUGCGGGCAUCAUCUAUGAGAACUACCUGUUGAGUAGGAAAAGAGCAUUGUGGUUCAGUGUUUCAAAUGAUUUAAAGUAUGAUGCGGAAAGAGAUUUGAGAGAUAUUGGAGCAAAAAACAUUUUAGUCCAUUCAUUGAAUAAGUUCAAAUAUGGAAAAAUUUCCUCCAAACAUAAUGGCAGUGUGAAAAAGGGUGUUAUAUUUGCUACAUAUUCUUCCCUUAUUGGGGAAAGUCAGUCUGGUGGUAAAUAUAAAACUAGAUUAAAACAACUUCUACAUUGGUGUGGCGAUGACUUCGAUGGAGUGAUCGUGUUUGACGAAUGUCAUAAAGCAAAAAACUUGUGUCCUGUUGGUUCUUCAAAGCCAACUAAGACAGGCUUGGCGGUUUUAGAGCUUCAGAACAAGUUGCCAAAAGCCAGGGUGGUUUAUGCGAGCGCCACUGGUGCUUCUGAACCACGCAACAUGGCCUAUAUGAACCGUCUUGGAAUAUGGGGUGAGGGAACUCCAUUUCGAGAAUUCAGUGAUUUUAUUCAGGCAGUUGAGCGAAGAGGUGUUGGUGCUAUGGAAAUAGUUGCUAUGGAUAUGAAGCUUAGAGGGAUGUACAUUGCUCGACAGCUGAGCUUUACUGGAGUGACCUUCAAAAUCGAGGAAGUUCUUCUUUCUCAGAGCUAUGUAAAGAUGUACAACAAAGCAGUCAAGCUGUGGGUGAUUGCAAGAGAGAGAUUUCAGCAAGCCGCAGACCUGAUUGAUGCGGAGCAGAGGAUGAAGAAGUCCAUGUGGGGCCAGUUCUGGUCUGCGCACCAGAGGUUUUUCAAAUACUUGUGCAUAGCAUCCAAGGUUAAAAGGGUUGUACAGCUGGCUAGAGAAGAAAUCAAGAAUGGAAAAUGUGUGGUAAUCGGCCUGCAGUCUACAGGAGAAGCUCGGACUUUAGAAGCCUUGGAAGAGGGCGGGGGAGAACUGAAUGAUUUUGUUUCAACUGCCAAAGGAGUGCUGCAGUCACUCAUUGAAAAGCACUUCCCUGCUCCAGACAGGAAAAAACUUUAUAGUUUGCUAGGAAUCGAUUUGACAGCUCCAAGUAACAACAGUUCACCGAGAGACAGUCCUUGUAAAGAAAAUAAAGUAAAGAAGCGGAAAGGUGAGGAAAUAGCUCGAGAAGCCAAGAAAGCGCGGAAAGUAGGUGGCCUUACUGGGAGCAGUUCUGACGAUAGUGGCAGUGACUCUGAAGCCUCUGAUAAUGAGGAGAGUGACUAUGAGAGCUCUAAAAACAUGAGUUCUGGAGAUGAUGACGAUUUCAACCCAUUCAGAGAUGAGUCUAGUGAGGAUGAUGAAGAUGAUCCCUGGUUAAUCAGAAAAGACCACAAGAAGAGCAAAGAUAAAAAAAAGAAGAAAAGCAUAGAUCCAGAUUCUAUUCAAAGUGCCUUAUUAGCAUCAGGUCUUGGAUCAAAACGACCUAGUUUUUCAUCUGCUCCGGUUAUUUCACCUGCUCCUAACAGUGCACCAGCUAACAGCAACCCCAACAGUAACAGUGGCCUUAUAACAAGUCAGGAUGCUGUGGAAAGGGCCCAGCAGAUGAAGAAAGACCUACUUGACAAACUAGAAAAAUUAGCUGAAGACCUCCCUCCUAAUACCCUGGAUGAACUGAUUGAUGAACUUGGUGGCCCUGAAAAUGUUGCUGAGAUGACAGGCCGCAAGGGGCGGGUCGUGAGUAAUGAUGAUGGAAGCAUAUCCUACGAGUCAAGGUCUGAACUUGAUGUGCCUGUAGAAAUACUAAAUAUCACGGAAAAACAGAGGUUUAUGGAUGGAGAUAAGAAUAUUGCUAUUAUCUCAGAAGCUGCCAGCUCAGGUAUUUCAUUACAAGCCGAUCGGAGAGCUAAAAAUCAAAGGCGAAGAGUUCAUAUGACUUUGGAAUUACCCUGGAGUGCUGAUAGGGCAAUUCAACAAUUUGGACGGACUCACAGGUCAAACCAAGUCACUGCUCCCGAAUAUGUCUUUCUGAUUUCUGAAUUGGCAGGAGAACAGAGGUUUGCAUCUAUUGUUGCUAAAAGACUUGAGAGUUUGGGGGCACUUACGCACGGUGACAGAAGAGCAACUGAGUCUAGAGAUUUGAGCAGGUUCAACUUUGAUAAUAAGUAUGGAAGAAAUGCUUUAGAAAUUGUCAUGAAAUCCAUUGUCAAUCUAGAUUCUCCUAUGGUGUCAGCACCUCCAGACUAUCCUGGGGAAUUCUUCAAAGAUGUUCGACAAGGACUGAUUGGUGUUGGCCUAAUCAAUGUAGAAGAUCGCUCAGGAAUUCUUACUCUUGAUAAAGAUUAUAACAACAUAGGAAAAUUCUUGAACAGAAUUUUGGGCAUGGAAGUCCAUCAGCAGAAUGCCUUGUUUCAGUAUUUUGCGGACACACUCACUGCAGUUGUUCAAAAUGCCAAAAAGAAUGGAAGAUACGAUAUGGGCAUCUUAGAUCUUGGUUCUGGAGAUGAAAAGGUGAGGAAAAGUGAUGUUAAGAAGUUUUUGACUCCGGGAUAUUCAACCUCUGGCCACGUGGAAUUAUACACUAUUAGUGUAGAGAGGGGGAUGUCCUGGGAAGAAGCUACCAAAAUUUGGGCUGAGCUGACAGGACCAGAUGAUGGCUUUUACUUGUCGUUGCAGAUAAGGAACAACAAGAAAACUGCCAUCUUAGUGAAAGAAGUGAACCCAAAGAAGAAACUCUUCCUGGUGCAUAGACCGAAUACUGGGAAACAGCUCAAAUUGGAAACUCACUCUGAUCUGAAAAAGAAAUAUAAGAAGGUCGUCUCUGAUGAUGCCCUGGUGCACUGGUUAGACCAAUAUAACUCAUCUGCAGACACUUGUACCCAUGCCUAUUGGCGUGGCAAUUGCAAAAAAGCAAGCUUGGGAUUAGUAUGUGAGAUAGGUCUUCGCUGCCGCACAUACUAUGUGUUAUGUGGCUCUGUCCUGAGCGUGUGGACGAAAGUCGAGGGCGUUCUAGCAUCUGUCAGCGGCACAAACGUCAAGAUGCAGAUCGUUCGACUAAGGACAGAGGACGGACAGCGAAUCGUAGGUUUGAUCAUUCCGGCCAAUUGUGUGUCUCCUCUCAUAAAUCUCCUGUCAACUUCAGACCAGUCUCAACAGCUUGCGGUCCAACGGAAACAGCUAUGGCAGCAGCAUCACCCGCAGAGCAUCACCAACUUGAGCAAUGCGUAA